UGAUGUCUAGGUGCCGGGUAGUGGCUGAAAACCGGUCGUUAUCCUGUCACUCGUAUCAGACGCACGCACGCACGCAAUUCUAUAAAUAUUAUACUGUAUAGUCAAUUCUGAGUAUUGAAUAACGAUACUAUCAUAAUAUUAUACUCAUUAGUCAUUACGCUUACCGCUUAUGCAUACGAGACAGAGUGUCCAGUUAUACGACUAUAGUCUAUAAUACGAGUAUACGACCGAUCACCGAUACCGUAUUGCUAUGUGAAAUUAGUAUUGUUUCAUCGCCUGAUCGCCAGGUUCAUCGUUCAUAUUUCCAGUGUUUCAGUGUUUGUACAGCACAGUUUAUUAGUGUCAGUCGUGCUCACUUCGUGUUUUCACUUCUGUUCACUAACUAUUUAUUAUUUAAUAUGGAUGAAGACCAUGGUACUCCAGGUUGUAGUACGCCAAAAAAAAAGAGAAUGAUGCGAGGUGGAGAUUUGGCCAAAGAUGAAAAACCUAAACACCGGGUCCAAAAGUUCCGUUCAGAGUGGAAAACAGAUACAAACUUUCGAGAUUGGAUUGAACGAGAUACCGACGAGACAAAAGCAAAAUGCAAAUUUUGUCAAGUCUCCAUGGUUUCAGAGAUAACCGUUCUUAAAAACCAUGCUAAAGGAAAAAAACAUUGUAGUUUAAUAUCUUGUGCGCCAUCUAAACAAAAACCAAUGACAUUUUUUGCUAAUACAACGCUUUCAUUAGAAAAAAAAUCACAUAGGUCUGUCCAACAAGCAGAAAUAAAAUUAGCUGGAUAUUUCGCGGAACACAACAUUCCAUUUUUGGCAUCUGAUCACUUAACUGAUCUUUUAAAAGAAAUAUUUCCUGAUUCAGAUAUUGCUAAAUUAAUUUCAAUGAAACGUACGAAGACUACAGCCAUUAUAAAAAAUGUUAUUGGUGCUACGCAGAAAAAUGAACUUGCCAACAUCUUAAAGGAUGUACAUUUUAGCUUAUUAACUGAUGAGUCGACUGACAUUGGAACCAUUAAAACAUCAUGUGUAGUUGUACGAUAUUAUGAUAAAGGUUCAAACCGAAUUGAAAGUACAUUUUGGGAAUUGCACAACGUGUUUGAUACCAAUAAUCCAUCUUCGGCAACCGCUGAAAAUUUAUAUAAUGGCUUAAUAAGAACUCUAAGUGAUUUUAAUAUACCAUUAUCUAACAUAAUUGGUUUUGGUUCAGAUGGUUGCAACGUGAUGAUGGGAGCGAAUAACUCUGUUGCUUCUAGGUUGCAUGUCUCUUGCCCAGGUAUAUUUAUUAUGAAGUGUGUGUGCCAUUCUGCUCAUCUCUGUGUCAGUGAAGCGUGCAAGUAUCUGCCACGCUCAUGUGAAGAUUUGGCAAGAAAUAUAUACAAUUUUUUAAAAAGCAGCUCAAAGCGCCAAAGUGAGCUAAAACAAUUUCAGCGUUUUAUGGAUAUCGAACCACAUAAAAUGUUGCAUCCGUCCCAGACAAGAUGGUUAUCCCUUGGUGCUGUGGUCUCAAGACUCCUGGAACAAUGGGACGCCUUGAAAUUGUUUUUUACUGACACAUAUUUAUCUCAGCGAUUAAUAGCCACAGAACACAUAUAUCAAAAUUUAAAUGAUCCUUUCAUGAAGCUAUACUACUACUUUCUAGAUUGGAUUCUACCAAUGUUCAACAAAUUCAACAGUUUUUUUCAAACCAAGGAAGUAGUGGUAAAUGAUUUACACGACAUGAUCAUCGAACUAUACACAGAAAUCCUUCAAUGUUUUUUGAAGAAGGAUUAUAUUUCUAGAACACCAUUAAAUGAAAUAAAUCCAAAAAACGGUAUGUACCAGUUGAUUAACAAUCAGCUUUAUUUGGGCAUAAGUGUGAUGAGGUAUGAAGAAAAACCAGAAAUUGUGAAAGAUCAGCAUCGUCUAAAAGAUUUUUAUGAAAAGUGUAGGCAGUUUUUACAAGCAGCUACAGUUGAAAUCAAAAAAAGAUACAACAUGAAUGAUCCUGUAUUGUCCAAACUCAAAUCACUUAAACCAAUAAAUGCAACAUCAUUGAGUUUUAGAGAUGAAAUUCCUUCUUUAUUGCCAUUAAUGACAACUUUACCUAGGAUCGUUCCAGAAGACAACAGCCAAUUGAUGCAAUCUAUUGAUAGCCAAUGGCGUAGACUGCCCCUCACACUAUCUAAUUUAAAUGAGGAUAUAAAUAUUAAAUAUCCUGAUUUAUUUUGGUCAGCAGUAAAACAGCUUGGUGACUAUAGUGAGCUAGCUGAUUUUGCUUUAUCAGUAUUAAGUUUGCCCCAUGCUAAUGCUGACUGCGAAAGAGUAUUUUCAACAGUGAACUGUAUGAAAACCAAAUUGAGAAACCGACUAAACACCGAAACUAUAAAUGGGGCGCUGCAUACGAAACAGCACAUAAAAGGUGGCAGAGACAGUGGGAAAAAUUGUGUCAACUUUCAGCCCAACAAUGAAAUGUUUAGUCGAAUGACAAAAAACUUAUUGUAUGAGAAAUCAGGCGAUAACAAAGGUACCAUAGAUGAUAAUAUAUUUAAUGUAUUGAGAUUUGAAAUUGAGGAAGAAGACUGAUGAAUGAUGACCAUUGUGAUAUUUUAUUAUUUAUAAACUGUUUUAUUUAACCAAAAGUUAAGCUACAAAUGUUUUUAGUUUU